CAAGGAAAAUGGAAUAAACUUGAAAUUUUGUUGGUCAGAAUGAAAAUCUUGUCUUGAAGAUGUCUCGCACUGAAGCUAAAAAGCCUUCAUUGUGUACUAAUGACCCUCUAACUAAAGAGAGAGUUAGUUUCUCUCUGUCUGUGUUAAGUGGAAUAGUAAAGUCUUGCUAUGGCCCUACUGGUAGACUCAAACAGCUCCACAAUGGUAUGGGAGGCUAUGUUCGCACAACUUCACAAUCUUCUGCCUUGCUUGGUGGCCUUUCUAUCACCCAUCCAGUAUUAAAGGUUCUGACAGCCUCUGUACAGAAUCAUAUAUCACGCUUCAGCGACUGUGGCUUAUUUACAGCCAUUCUUUGCUGCAGCUUGGUUGAAAAUUUUCAAAGAAUAAACUUUGCGGCCUGUACUGUCACUAAAAUAAGUAGACAUCUUUUGAGCUUAUGUACUGACUAUCUCAAGUCUGAGGCCUGUGGUUGCCGAAUAUCGGUGGAUUUUGACAAUAUUAAGACUCUUCUUUCUUUGGUACAUAGCAUAUUAGCAAGCAAACCUGCCUGCAUGCUUAACAAAACAGAAGCCAAUCACCUCAGCACAUUGGUUUUAAGGGCUUUUUUGCUUACAAUUCCGCAUACCAUUGAAACUAAUGUUGUUUUAGGAACGUGUGUAAUUGUUCCUGUGAAAGAUAAAAGAGUUAUGGAUUCUACUGUAUUUCCUGGACUACUAAUAGAAAUACCAGAAUUUCAAUUGGCACGAACGUUUCCUGUCAAAAGAGUUUCUUCAAGCACUAUCAAGAUGGCACUCUUCUGUAUCUCUAUGUCAGGAGACCUUUCCAAUACUGGAGAAGGAACUGUAAUUGUCCAUCAUGGAAUUUCUCUAGAAGUAGCAGUAUUGGAUCAGUUGCUUAAUUUAGGAAAGCAGUUGGUUAAUGACCAAGUAGGCCUUGUAGUGUGCCAGAAAGUUAUCCACCCAUCUUUGAAACAAUACCUGAAAGAGCACCAUGUCAUCACUAUAGACAGAGUUGGAGUAUCUAUGAUGGAGCCCCUGAGUAAAAUGACAGGUUCACAGCCCAUUGCUGCCCUACAUUCUGUAUCUCCUACUUGUUAUGGCAGUCUGAAGGACUUGCGCACUGAGAGUUUUGUUUCAAAACAUUUCUUGCAUCUAAUUCCUAAUGACACACUUGUCUGCAGCUUGAUACUCUGUAACAGAAGUGAAAUGGCAUGGGAUGAGCUGAAGCUUGCGUGUCAGACUGCAGAACAUGUCUUACAACUAACAAUCAAGCAACCAUUGGCACUGUUAGGAGGUGGCUGUACAGAAACUCAUUUGGCCUCAUACAUAAGACACAAGAGUUUUACCCUUCCUACUAAUGUUUUGAAAGCUAUAGAUUGUUCUCGGACACAAUACCAGUUGGUUGCUGAUGCCUUUUGCCGCUCGCUGGAGUGUGUAGCUUGCUGCCUGGAGCACGAUGAUGGUGAAAUUCUUACUGAUAUGGUUUAUGGACAUUCUUGGUCUAUUCAAUCAGGUUUUCCCUGUGAUUGUAACUGGUCAGAUUUAGUUUUGAAGUGUGGUUGUGGGAUUUACAAUAACCAGCAGAAUCUCAAUUGGACAGUUUUACGAAGCCAAUGUAUCCCUUUUGCUCCACAAAGCUGCUCUAAUGAGCCUUCUAUAAACUCCACUGACCAUCUUAUACUGGACUGUUUUACUGCAAAAUAUAGUGGUCUGCAAGUGGCAGUGGAGACAGCCAAUCUGAUUUUGGAUUUGUCAUAUAUAGUUGAAGAUCAAAAUUAGUUUAGUUUUCAUCUCCAUUAUUUUGAACUUCAUAUUUAUUUGAAAAAGUUCCAAAGCAGCAUAAAUAAUAUACUAAGAGGCUACUAUGCAGGAACAGAGUCUAUAAACAGAAUUUUAAUGUCAAGCAUAGUUGCUCAUUAAGCUACUUGUCUGAUUCCUACUCCACUUCAGUUGUUAUAGACAUUUGCAAUUAUAUUUAACAUUUUGUUAGAAAAACUAAACAUUAAUAGUCUAGUGUGCACUCAGGGUACGUC